GGCGCUGCGCCGAGCUCGGGGCGCUGAGCGGGGACGGCACCGGCACCGGAGGACCGAGGCUGGCUUGGAGCUGCGAUGGGGUUCGGCAGCGGUACGGGGAUCGGCAUCGCCGGAGUCGCUGCGGGGUGGGCGCUGGGGCCGAGCUCGGCAGGGCCGCUCGGGCCGGGGCUCUGCCGGGGCCCGGUUGGGGGAGAACGGCGGCGCUUUCCUCGUACAGACGCGGAACCCGGGCCGGGACCGGCCGGGGUGCGGGGACACGCCGGGCCGGCCCCGGGACCCCCCGAUCCCGCCGGGCCCGCAGCGCCGCCCGCACCCCCCGCGGGAUCGGAGCUCCUCCCUCUCGGGCACCCCCGAGGCCAUCGCACCCCCCCCCGAAGAACAUCGCCCGCCUCCCUCUUCCCCGCGGCCCCAGGAGGUUCCCGCCCGCAGGGCCCCCCGGGAACGAGGGCUCUGGGGCCCGCCGGGGCUCCGGCCACGGACCCGCUCCGGCCGCGGGGAGCCGGGGCCCUGCCGGGGCAGGGAAGAACGGGGGCAGCCGCUCCCUCGUUCCUCCCGUGCUCCGGGACCCCGAGCAGAGCUGCCCGUCUGUCCCCGUGUCCCUGUGUCUGUCCACAGGCGGCCCCAGGAGCUGGCGCUGACCGUGCCGCGGGUCGGGCACAGGCUGCUCCCAGCUCUGCCUGCGGAACUUCGGCAAUUGCCCCCAGCAGUUCUUUGCCCUGCCAUCCAGAAGGUGCGGCUCCUCUGACACCUGCCAGACGGGGAAGGUCCUGCCUGGGAGGGAAACGGCUACAGGAGAGGAAACCAAGAAACGCUCAACCGGACGCUGCUGCGCGAGUCAAAGGAGGGAAGGACCGCAGGAUUCAUCCAAUGGUUGCAAAGGUGCUCGUACAACGUCUUUUUCCAGGGAUAAAUGAGCCUAAUAAGCCCAGAGGAAUCCUUUGCUCCGAGGCAAAGGCGUUGGUCGAGUGUCGCCGCCUGGUCCCGCCUGCGGGGGGGCGUCUCCUCCAGGUGAAUUGUGCACAAGCCAGUCCCCCAUUCCCUAUCCAGGCUGGGAGUGCUCGUGCCCUUGGCACAGUUGGCUCUGGCUGGGCAGGAACUGAGAGCAGGACACGGGAUAGAGCGGAUCAGCUGCCCAGGGAACCUCCAGGAGAUGAAGCUACGGGAUCCUCAUUCCAAUCAAGGGAACACGUUCUGUCUCUGGCAGAAGCCGGGAGCCAAAGCAGAUCCCGCCUGGCCAGGCUGGGGGGCAGCAGUUGGAUCCACUCUGGGGGAAAGCCCCUGUGCCUGCCAGGAGCUCUGACUCUGUUUGUCCUGCCAGCUCCUGACCAGUGUCAGGGCCACCGGGAGGGAUUCAGAAUCCAAAGAAACCCCAAAUCCUACCGAGGGACUCAUCCAAAGGAAGAAAGCCAUUCUUGUCAUAAAAAGCUUAAAAAGCUGUUAAAAGUUCUAGGACAGCAAUACUGGGAUUCCCAGGAAACUUAGUAGUGUCUCGGUUCCAUUUCAAUGUAUCUUUAGUCCCUCAAUGAGCAGCUUGGAGAACUUCCCCUGGGAUUUGGAGGCUGAGCAGGGUUUGCUUUGGAUUGCCUGGCACCUCUGGCCCCAGCUGGUGCAAACACAACUUGGGCCAAUGGUCUGUGCCCAGUGUGUCCCUGUGGGCAGUGCCAGGCUGGGGACAGGCACACGCAGCUGGCAGCACUCUCUGCCCCAAACAGCCUUGGGGGGCAGCGCAGCCCCCCCAAGGGGGGGGAUCGAGGGGGGCUGGAGGCGGCCCAGGAAAGGCCCCCCCGCUCCCCCCGGGGCAGCUCCACAGCCCCCCUGCCCUCUCUGCCACGGGGGCCCCGCUGCUCCCCCGGCUGGCACAGAGCCCCCUGCCCAUGGCUGGCAAAUCAGGGCCAGGGCUCGGCCUCGCUGCAGCCGCCCCACACGGGAGCAACUCAGGGCUCAGCCCAACAUUUCCCUGCUUGGCCACUGCAGAGACCCUCAGGUCACCUCAACACCUUCCUUCUCUUCCCAGCAGGUUACCUGAACUUUAACACCCACAACUGUCUGUGUCUCUCACCACUCAUCACCUCAGCUUACCUCAAUGUGUUCAUUCCCUGCCCCGGAGAGAAUGAACCUCCUUUUAAAUCCCCAAAGUUUCCCCUUCCAGCCCACUCCUGAUUACCUUUUCUUGAACACAAAAGAGUCAUUCUCUCCCCUAGAGAUCAUCUCCUUUUUAACCCCCUAAGUCUUCCUUACCUGCACACUCCUGAUUAUCUCUUUUGGACUUCCAAAUAUUCAUUCUCUGCCCUGCAGAUUUGCUUAAGUUUGACACCCGAAAUUUUCCCUACCUCUCCACAGCUGAUCCCCUCAUGUAUACCUAAAUAUGUUCCUGCUCUACCCUACAGACCACCUCAAAUUUACUCUCCAAACUUUCCCUACCUGCUCACCACUGACUACGUCCUUUUGACCUCCAAAUAUUCAUUCUCCACCCUGGAGGGUUUCUCAAGUUUUCCCUGUCCACUGAUGACUGCCUUAGUUUAUCCCAAAAUGUUCAUUCUCUCUGCCAGACACUGCCACACAUUUUACCCCCAGAACCUUCCCUUGGCCUGCUGUGGUGUCCACUCCUGAUUGCCUCCUCUGCACCUCUCAGGAUUCAUUCUGGACCCUGGAGAUUACCUCAGAGAUUUCUGCCCUAAAUGUCCCCACCUGGCCACCACUGAUUACCUCAGUUGACCUCCUGAUGUCCUUUCUCUCCCCUGGAGAUAACCUCGUUCAAAACCCCCAAAGUUUUACCUCAAAAUAUUCAUUCUCUGCCCUGGACGUUCCCUCAAGGUUUACCCCUGUAAUUUUCCCCAUAUGUCCACAACUGAUUACCCCAGUUUACCUCAUGGUGUACAUUCUCUCUGCUCCACGUGACCUCAAAGUUUACAAACACAAAUUUUCCCUCCCUGCCCAACACUGACUGCCUCACUUUACCCCAAGGUAUUCCUUCUCUCUGCUACAGAUUCUACUCCCAAAAUUCUCCUUACCUACCCACAUGUAAUCAGCUCCUCUCUACAAAUACAUGUUCACUCUCUACCCUGUGGGCUACCCCAAGUUUACCCUAAAACACUCCCCAGCUGUCCACCACUGAGCACCUCAUUUAUCCUUCAAAAUAUUCACUCUCUGCCCUGGACGUUCCCUCAAGUUUUACCCCCAAAGGUUUCCCCUCCUGCCCACCCCUGACUGCCUCAGUGUCCAGCAGGAGGUACAUCCUCUCUGCUACAGGUGACCUGAAAUUUUACACACACAAAUUUUCCCUACCUGCCCACCACUGACUGCCUCACUUUAUCUCUAAAUGGUCAUUCUGUCCUCUACAGAUGACAUCAACUCUUACCUCCAACAUUUCCCUUCCUCUACAUCACCCAUUUUCUCUUCCUGACGCCCCAAAUUUCCCUUCCAUCCCUACACAUUCCCUGAGUGUUUCCCUCCCAAGCAUCCUUCCCUUCUUCCCUGUUUAAGAACUCACACUCCAGCCCCAGGCUCUCCACUCCCCCUCAGUGGGACCCCUCCAAAAUGCCACCUCCCUCCCCUCUGCAGCACCUCACCUUUUCCUACACAAACAGUUGCUGGGGCCCCUCGAAAUUACCCCAAGUUGGCAGCUACAAAUGUCACCUCUGUCCCUGCCAUGUUCUCCCAGGUUUCCCCAGCUGGGAGCUGCAAGGAAUUCAGGCCAGGGAAUGGACAGCAGGGAACAGCUGUACAUGCAAAGGCAGAAAGAGAAGUUUCCCAGGGAGAAGAACAGGAACUCACAGCCACCAAGGCCUGACAGUCCCCUGCAGCCAGAGCUCAGCACACAGCCAGAGAGGCAAUUCCAGCAUCUAAAAGGAAAAAAAAGAACAAAAAAAGUGAUUUAUUUUGUUUUAAAGUUACUUUAAGUUGUUCCAAGCAAA